GCUGGGCUGGGCUGGGCCGGGCUGAGCUGGGCCGGGCCCGGCGGCGCUGCCAGCGCGGAGUCAGCGGGAGCGAGGCGCAGGGAUGGCUCCGGCAGCGACCAGCGGGACCCCGCCGGCUGCCCCCUCGCAGGGCCCGACGGUCGCAUGGCUCGGGGGGCACCGCUCCGCUCUCGGCAACGGAGAGUUUGUGCAGGUCUUGGAAAGCCGCGGUUUACAGACAACUACUGUGACAACUGGCAACAACAGCACGCCUGACCAUCUGGAGUAUAUUGCCUUUGCAUUGGUUCCUGUUUUCUUCAUCAUGGGUCUCUUGGGGAUCCUCAUCUGUCACGUCCUUAAGAAAAAAGGGUAUCGUUGUACAACAGAGGCUGAACAAAUAGAAGAGGAAAAGCCUGAGGAGAAAAUAGAAAUGAAUGAAACGGCACAUGAGAAUAGUGACACUGUGGGACAAAUUAUUAACUACAUUAUGAAAAAUGAAGCAAAUGCUGAUGUUUUAAAGGCCAUGGUAGCAGAUAGCAGUGUCCUUGAACCUGAAAGCCCUUCAUCUCCUGCCACUCCUGGGAGUCCAACGAGUCCAGGGUCUCCUUUGUCACCUGGUACUGCUCCAUUUAAACACAGCUGCAAAGGCCAUCACUUCCAUACUGUUGGAGGAGUAGUAGAAAAGGAUGUUUGUACUCGCUGUAGCCACAAACGAUGGCAUCAUAUAAAGCCAGCUCACAAAUCCAAAGAACACAGAAGAAGUCGUCUUGGAGAGGUUACAGUACUUUCUGUGGGAAGAUUUAGAGUCACAAAAGUGGAGCACAAAUCCAAUUCCAAAGAACGGAAAAGCUUGAUGUCUGUUACUGGAGUGGAGAGCGUCAAUGGCGAUAUGCCUGCCACGCCUGCCAAGCAGGAAGCAAGAGAAGCACCUGCCACGCCUGCGAAACAGGGGACACAAGAGAGGAGAAGCUCAGAGUAAGCAGCAGGUGGAGCUUCUAGAAGAAAUUUGUCUACUAGCACUUUGGAGAAAACAGAAAACUCCCAAGAGACGCGUACUAUUUAAGGAAAUGUAUUUAUGGCACCGUAGCAUUUUACAAGUUGUGACGGCAUCCAUGCAAGGUUGAUGGUUUUUCACCAGUAAAAUCAGUAAGAUUUAGGCACUUACUGUUGAACCUUGUGGACCUCGUACCAAAUGUUGGGCUUCAUCUUCGAAAGAAAAAAUACGUAUACAUUUUUGGACAGGAAAGAUUUAAAAAGCCUUAUCAAAUAGUGUUUUUUUAAUACUUAGACAAACACUUUUUUUUUUUACUGAGCUCAAUAUUAUAUGUAAUAAGAUUACCCUAUGGAUGAGCUGUGUUUACCCCUCUGGUCCAUCUGGAUACUUCUGUGUUCUUCCAGAGUUGACAAGCAUUCACUGAAGAUAAAAGUCAGGCUUCAGAAGAUGAAAAUACCCUGUUAAUCUAACUGUUAGUCGCCAAGCAAAACAUACAAGGAAAUAAGCAGUCACCCAGAUCUGCAUGUGUGCCUUUAGUAUGUAAGCCCUCUGACCCUGUGAAGGGGUAUUUUAGCUAUAUGUAGUUUUUAAAUGAUACUAUUGUCUUUUUUCCCCCCUUGAUAACUACUUAACAUUAGGCUAAAGAGUAUCUUUUUCUAUGCACUUGGGUGAACCUUUGGGAAGGUCACUUUCCUCUAGGCCAUUUGUUCUCCCAUUUUCUUGUAACUGCUUGCUACUGUUUGAAGAAUGCCUAAUAGUUUUGGCUUUCUCUUUUGUUUUUACCCACAGGUUCCUUAUUAAGCUAAGGCAACAUAUUUCAACCAUUAGAUAAGAAUAUGGAAUAUAUGGCAUUAAAAAUUUAUGGACUAUGUACUAAAGUACUUCAGGGUGGCUUAAGUGGACUGAGGGUAGCAGUUCUCAUUGGCAUUGAAAUCUUAAGCCAUUGUUACACUACCUUAAUAUUUUAAGUGUGACCUACUGCUAAAAAUGGCAGUGAUGGUUUUGUGAUGUUAUUUUUGUGUCCACUUAUUAUGAUCUCUUUUGUGUUUUUUUUUUUUGGGGGGGGGAAGUGGGGGGGGACUAUUGCAAUACUUCAGCAAACUUUGCUGUGUAAAAGAAACUGAAAAAUAACAUUUGCUCCAAGUGCCUAAGAAUAUAAGCUGUUGUGUAAUGCGUUUUAGUAGAGAUUGCACUAUAUUCUGAGAACUAUAAAGUAAUUUAAUCUGAUCUAUGAACUCCAUGAAAAUCAGUGCUUGUUUUGAAUUUGGUAUGUUUUAAAUUAAUGCUUUCAAUCCUUUCAGUCUGAGUGCUCUAAACUGCGUUUCUCUUUCAGACAUGAGAAUAAGGUUUCUUCAGCGGCUUGUGUAGUCUUAACAAUCAAUGUGUACAACAAUUUAAAAAAAAAAAAAAAACACUCUUGUUUACCGUGUUAGGUACUGCCACAUCUUGUCAAGAAACAUGGAGUUUGCUUGACAGUUGCUGGAACGUAUGUGCUGUGGUCAUCUUCAUUUGACUUGUAUCGAUAUCGAUAGGUCUAAUCAGUUUAUACUUCUAACAGAUACUGUAUUUAGGGAAAACAAACAAAACCUAAGCCCUUGGAAAGAAAUAGUUGUUUAUUGUACCUUGUAAAAUUCAUUAUUUUCAGAGAUAACUGUCCAUUUUUGAGUACCUAGAAUAACUUCGACCACCUAAAAUAACUCUUUGACCAGGACUGGUACUUGAGUGUUUAGCAUCCUUGUUCUUCUUAAUUUAAGACUGGUUUAUAACAUCUCUUCAACAUGUAAGUAUAACAUAACUACCAAACUCACCUUAUAGGCAUACAUUUGUUAGAUUCUUGCUUUUUCUUCUUCGAGCUUCGCUUGAUUUCUAUAAAGAUCUAAUUUUUCUAGAAUAAUUUAGUCAGUGUUGGUUAUAGUAGUGAACUUUCAAUUUCUAAGAGAUUGAGAGCUAUGGUAUAAAAUGUUAUUGGAAAAAGGGAGUAUUGGGCAAAGCCAAGCGGUUUUAAAUAGCUUUCAGAAAGGAGAUAUGCAGUUAUAGACUGUCCCAAAAGCUUUAAAAAAAGUUUUUAGUUUGAUAGUACUGUGUUUUAAUGGAUGGUGGGAUAUACGGUAAGGUAAUAAGCCAAAAGGAUUAAAGAAAGCUUAAACAGAAAUAUCCUAUUUUUUUACUUAAUUUAAAAGCCACUUCUAUUUUGAUUCCAUUAGAAAUAUGUAGAAUAAAAGAAAUAAAAAUGUGGUGGACAUGUAAAACAUUGUUUACCUGUAUGAAGUACUUACAGAAGGCAUUAUAAUAAGAUCUGGUAUGUGCAAGAACCUAAUUUGUGCAUUGCUGCUUUGGUAAGAGGAUUUAGAAACUGUGCCUGUUUUAUUGCCUUUAACACUACACUCUGCAAUUUUGUAGUGAUAUGGAUAUUGCCAUAUUAAUCAGCCUUUCCUAAUUUUGCAUAUCAGAUGUAUUUUUAACAAAAUAGUUUAUAUACAACUUUUGUACUACCAAGCAGUAAAUAAAACAUCGAUUCUUAA